UGACUUAGAGCCUUCUAUAGAUAUACAUAACACAUACACCCUUCAUUUGAUCGGCAAAAUUUAUCUUUCGGCAGCAUACUAAAAACUGUUGUAAAUUAACGUAUCUGUACCGUGUUCUCCUGUUGGGUUAUUGGUCCCAAGUGUAUAGACUGCCCGUUUUCCGGUUUUCCUCCAGACUGUAAAAAGAUAACCACUGAAAAGCCCAACAAAGCCGCUAAAAAAAAUAUCAAAAUAAUAACCCCGAGAAUUAUCAUCAGUCCCCGAGCCGCAUCAGUAAGCACUGUCCAGUAAUUCACGCCUUUGGGAAUAUCUAUCGUGGCAGACGACGAGCAAUGGAGAAUUUGCAAUUAACGCUCGGCGAUUUGCCCCAGCAAGUAUUGGCUGCACGGCACAGCAUGAUUCUGGGCCAAAAAUUGGCUGGAGCACUUGGUGAGCCACAGCAUCACCAUCAGCAUCACCGCCAUCUGAAUCACCAGCUGAACCAGCUCAAUCAGUUGAGUCACUUGAAUCAGUUCCAUCAGUUAAAUCAAUUGAAUCAAUUGAGUCAGCUACACCAACAUCUACACCAUCAGCUUAAUAUCUCCUCGGGCCUGAAUUUGAAUUUGGGUCUCGGCAAUAAGAUGCAGUACCUCAGCCACCGAAUGCAAAUGGGUCUGGGUCUUGAUGUGGAUCUGGAUCUGGGAGUAAAUUUGGACAUGAAUCUGAAGGGCAGUAUUACCAAUAGUACCAGUAGUACCAGUAGUACCAGUAGUACCAGUAGUACCAGUAGUACCAGUAGUACCAGUAGUACCAGUAGUACCAGUAGUACCACUAGUACCAGCAGCACCAGCAGUACCAGCACGUGCAGCGAUCAGGGGCAAGGACAUGGAUCUGGGAUUGGACUUGGUGACCCAAAGCGGACCCAAAGCCAAGUCCACUACGCCCAUGACCCUGCCCAGGAUAAUGUCGAUUCACCGAAUGUCAAGAGUUGUAAUGAAUUGAGCAGUCCUCAAAUAGAGAGCAAUAUGAAUGAGGCGGAUUUCCCAACGGUUUCCGAGUCUUCAUCAACGGAGAUGGACAAGGGGGAGAAGGAUAACGAAAGGGUGCUUAAAGAGAAGGAGGAGGUUAAAGUGGUUAAAGACAAGGAGGAUAACGAAGACGUUUUCCAGAAACUGGAGCCGUCUGCAUCUAUGUUGUUGAAGGCAGCCAACUCUAAGCUAAAUGCCAAUGCCACUGUUUACACGAUGCCUGCUAAAGUAGAGACCCUUUAUGACGGACAACUCUUGCCCAAACCGAGUCCCAGUGCAACCUCGCAGGGCACUGGGGACUUUCGCCUCAAUGCCGAGGCUGCUGUAUUCAAGCCAUCUUUGUUGGGCAUUGGCUCGUUGGCUUCGCCGGUGUUUUCGCAGCCACUACUUCCAGUGGUUUCGCUACCACUACUUCCGGCGGUAUCGCAACAGUUGCUAUCGGCCAUUUCACAGCCUCUACUGCCGACACCGCAUCUGCUGAGCCACGAGUUGUCGGCCCAAGGUUUUCAGCCACUGCAGCGGCUCGGCACUAAGCAAAAUGCCUGCUGGCGCAAACAACCGCUUCCGGACCUGUUCAACGCUGUCAUCACACUGGUGAGGGAACUCUCGCGAUCGGUAAGCUAUCCGGAGAUCAUAAACUCCCUAGCCCAGAGACUCCAGCGACCGGCGGUGGAACUGAAGCGCCAUGUACCGCAUACGCUGCAUGCCGCCGUUAACAAUGGUUAUUUGAAAAAGGAGGGCAAUCGCUAUUCCCUGGUCUCUGAAGUGGAACAAGCUGAGAUCUGGCGGCGCAACCACGAGGCUGCCAUUCGGACUAAGGAGCUAGAGAAGGAGCCAUUAUCCUGGCGCAAGCGUUAGUGUAUGGAAACCCAAUCUGCAUGCCAGUCUUGUUACAGCACCUGCAUGUUUCAACUACGUUUACAGCCUGGCAUGUACACGCCGCAUGUCGCAUCCCGCAUCUUCACCAUCGCAUUUCGUAUUCUUCGGCUUUAUACAUUUUAUAAUUAAGCUUGCACAGCACUCGCGGCUGUGAGCAUGUAGUCCUGUGAGUUGCACAACCCAGAGCCCCGAGUCCUGUGCCGCCGACCAACCCUGCAAAUUGGUUUUACUAUACGUGACCUAUGUCUGCGAAACAGCGAUCCGUGUGAUCCUCGAUGCGUGGCCUGUGCUUAAAGACACGUAAUCUUCGAUCCGCGAUCGACGGCUAGAAAAAUAAGUCACGGUGACAAAUGUAUAUAUAUUGUAUACAAGUCCAAUGGGGACGGUUUAGUCGAUAUCCUGCCUCCAGAGGAUAUUUCGUUGCCUGAUGUUCCCUUUUAGCGUUUAAACAAUCAAGUUUUUCUGGUUCAGCGCUUUAUUAUUGCUAGCUAUUCGGGUAAAUAAAAUUUUAGUUAUUCAUCAAA